AUGGCGACUUGCAGUGUUUCGUUAAAAGUUCCCGAAAAAACCGGACGAAUUCAAGUAGAAGGUGUCCAAUUAUCCGAAAGCGUCCAGAGCCUGAAGAAGCAAGUGGCAGAUAAAAUCUCAUUGGCCGAGUCUCAAUUUGAUCUUAUUUACUGUGGUCGUUAUAUGAGAAAUGAGAAUACUGUACAAAGUUAUGGUGUUAAACCUGGAGUCACGUUGCAUGCCCUCCGAAAAAAGGAACCAGAAACUGGCAUGGAGGCUGAACCCAUGGAUGAAGCAGCAAUUCAGCAAUUACUUACAGCUCUGCAGUCAGCAUUAUUGAACCCAGCCCAGAGACAUACUGUGAUUCGUAUACUGACAAGUCGAGUGAUGUUGGACAAUGUGAUUGCAGCUACACCAUGUCUGCAGGCUGAUCCAACUGCUUUAGCUAUGCUACAAGACCCAGAAUUACUUAUACAGCUGGCUGAUCCUAAUAUGAUACAUAAAAUAGUAAAGGCUCAUCCUGCUUUAGGUGAAGCAGCACUUCAUUUAGCAGCUGCCGUCAAUGAAGAGAGUGCUACUUCAAGAGGAGCAGCUUCCUUUUUAGGGUUUCCUGAUGAAGAAAUGGAAGUUUCUGAAUCCGCACAGGGUAACCGACAACAACAAUCCUCCACGCAACCAAUCACAUCUGCUCAGCUUGCUGCAGCGCUAGCUGCUGCAGGUGUGGGCACAUCACUCGGUGACAGUCCCGGUGGUAGCAAUAGAACGCCUUCUGCAGCUUCUGCUGAUCAAAGCCAGCCGUCUACCAGUAGUAAUAGCAGCCAAAGUGCAAUCACAGCAGAUUUAUUCAGUCAAGCCAUGGCACAGGCAAUGUCCGGUUCAUCAUCAAGUAAUACCACACCACCUACUUCAUCUCCAUCGCCAUCUAGACCAGAACUGCAGUCUCAGUUACGCCAAUUACGAGAGAUGGGGAUAACAGAUGAAAGUAGAUGUAUACGAGCAUUACAGAUAACAGGUGGUAAUGUACAGGCAGCGUUGGAAUUAUUGUUCGAUGGCACAGUUUAAAUAUGAGAUUAGUUGACUUUUAUGUUUGUCCUUUUAUUUGAAGCUAAUAAAAACUUGUUAUUGCAUUA